GAGAUUUGGCUAUGAACCCUAAGAAUCUUGGGGAAAUGGUUGAUUCAAGCGCGUAAUAAGCCCUAAUUUCAGGUUGCGAUGUUAUUGUGCAGAGAACAGAGAAGAGUUCAUAAACUGUUGAAUAUGAUUUCAAAUCUCAACAACUGUAUAGCUUUCUCAUCAAUUCCUCGUCAAAACCAAGUUCAAAGGUCCGACCUUUCUCGUGUUUCAUUUACAUUUCGGAGUUUUCAGAUUGAAAGCUGUCUUCGUAAGGAUAAAUCUGAGUUACAACAACACUCGUCUCACUUACCAACUAGGUUUUUCGUUAAUCAUGUUUCAAGGGUUAGUAGGAAUCAAGCUCAAGAAGCUCUUUUUGAUUACUUGCAUUAUACUAGAAGCUUUACUUUUACUGAUGCAGAGCAUAUAAGUAAGAAUUCUCCGUGUUUUAUGUCGACUUUGUUGUCCAAGAUUGAUGAUAAUCACAAGGAUGUAUCCAGGGGAUUGACUAAGUUCCUUAGGUACAAUCCGAUAAAUGAGUUUGAACCGUUUUUCGAGAGUUUGGGUUUGUGUCCUUAUGAGUUUGAAACGUUUCUUCCGCAGAAGCUAAUGUUUUUGAGUGAUGAUGGUAUUAUGUUUGAGAACUUUCAUGCUCUUUGCAACUAUGGGAUCCCGCGUGGCAAGAUUGGCCGUAUGUAUAAAGAAGCUAGAGAGAUUUUUAGAUAUGAAUCUGGGUUGUUGGCGAUGAAACUCAGGGACUAUGAGAAUUUGGGUCUUAGUAAGGCUACAGUUAUCAAGUUAGUUACUAGUUGCCCUUUGCUGCUGGUUGGUGGGAUUGAUGCUGAAUUUGCUUCUGUGGUUGAUAAGCUGAAGGGGUUACAAGUAGGAUGUGAUUGGCUCGGGCGGUACUUGUCUGACCGGAAAACAUAUAGCUGGCGCAGAAUUCUGAAGACAAUAGAGUUUCUUGAUAAAGUGGGAUGUAAAGAUGAGAACUUGAGUAGACUUUUGAAAACGUAUCCAGCUUUGGUAAUCGAAGGCUCUGGUAAGAAAUUCUAUGUUCUGUUUGGUAGGUUGUUUAAAGUGGGGCUUCAAGUGAAUGAGAUUUAUAGGCUAUUUAUCGACAACCCAGAGAUGUUGUCAGACAAAUGCGUAAAAAAUAUCCAAAAGACGUUGGAUUUCUUGAUUGCUAUUAGAAUGGAAACGCAAUUUAUCACGAAGAUAUUGCUGAGUCAUAUGGAGCUAAUUGGUUCAUGCUCUCUGCCAGCACCUAGAACUGCUUGUCUUAGCUUGAACGUUAGACAAGACGAGCUAUGUCAGCUCUUAGAGAAAGAGCCUUUGAGAUUGUUUAGUUUUGUUUCUACAACAAAGAAGAGAAAAAGCAAACCUCUUUCAGAAGACUCGAGGAAAUACUUAGAGAAGACUGCGUUUUUGUUGAGGCUAGGGUAUGUAGAAAACUCGGAUGAGAUGGUGAAGGCUCUGAAACAGUUUCGAGGGAGGGGAGAUCAGCUGCAGGAGAGAUUUGAUUGCCUUGUGAAAGCCGGUUUAAACCAUAAUGUGGUUACUGAGAUCAUCAGGCAUGCUCCGAUGAUACUUAACCUGUCUAAAGAUGUCAUAGAGAAAAAGAUACAUUCCUUAACCGAACUUCUUGGCUAUCCGAUUGAAUCCCUGGUAAGAUUCCCGGCAUAUCUGUGUUAUGAUAUGCAGAGAAUACAUCACAGAUUCUCAAUGUAUUUAUGGUUGAGGGAAAGAGAUGCAGCAAAGCCAAUGCUGUCACCAAGCACUAUUCUCACUUGCGGUGAUGCCCGGUUUGUCAAGUAUUUUGUCAAUGUCCACCCUGAAGGUCCAGCCAUUUGGGAAAGUAUAAACCAAUCAUCUACCUAAAUUGAAGUUUUUUGGCUCUAUUUCUUGACGACAGUGAAGGAUGUGUGCUGAUGCAACACUACAGAUGUAAGUUUAUGAUAUCAAUGCCAUAUAAUGAAACAAAAGGAAGGGC